AUGCUGCGACUUUUGCUCUCGGCAUUUCUCAUAUCUUUGGGCCAAGCCGCGCAGAGUUUCGACCAGAUUCCCAAUUUUGCCAUCAGCAACGAUGAAUUGCUAAAAUUGGCCGAUAAAUUAAGAGCUGUUGAUGAUAAUAAGGCUUCACGAGGACAGAUCGUUGUCAAUUUCCAAGGACACACGACAACUCGUGACACCACUGAUAAUGCUAAUGCCAAAUUUUUCUCAAAAGUCGACUCGUCACUCCUGCGCAAGCCGACGUAUGAGCAAUUUUUGUUGCUGAACAACAAUUUUGAGCGUCAAACGGGCGUGAAAGAGCCUAAAGUGUCGGCGUCUGAGGAAAAAUCCGAAACCACCAAAUUUAUCGAUCUCAUCUUCCAAACGCGACCUUGGAAGACGUUGUACGAGUAUAUGAACAAAAAUAAGCACCCCUUUGCCUCGGAUCCAGCAACUUGGCGAUUCUGGAUUGCCCAGCUGUGGUUCGUCCAUUAUUCCCGGGCCCGUGGCCUGCCCGACACCUCGGGCUUCGAGCACGUCUUCAUGGGCGAGGCGAAGAAUGGUGAAGUCAGCGGCAUGCACAAUUGGCUUCGAAUGUAUUAUUUGGAAAGGAACGUCACCGAGCAGUUUGACUAUAAGGGAUUCUUGGUGAAGCGAGGAAACCUAAUGGGCGCGUUGAAAUUCUCGUGGCAAAGCGAGAUGAAGAGAUCUGGUUCUUUGUUGAUCGGAACGAGCCCCGAGUUCGAUAUGGCCCUCUACACGAUGUGCUUCUUGAGCCGAAGAGGCCGAAAAACCUGUGAUGUUGAAAUCGAUGGUUGCGACCUACAAAUCACCAGCUAUGACCUGACGCAACAAGGAAAGGUAUUCGUCGGCUCCGUCUUUCCAAGCGCCGGCCGAAUGACCGACAAAUGCCGGCGAAUGAACAAU